GGCGAGUCCACCGGCUGGACGUGGGAGGCGAGGAGUGGAUCAUGCACCGUGCGUGCCUUGGGGCCAAUAAUCUUUAGUUGACUUGUCAGUGAGGCCGGCAAGUCACCGUGCUCCUGCCGCUUAUCCUUUCUUACUCCUUACCCUUCCGAAGACAACCGGGAAGUGUUAGCCUGUUAAUUCGGAUCACCAUACAUCUGAUAUGGCCAGUGUACAAUGGCCGCUGUUGGUUGUGAUCCUAUUGACUGGGGUCAGCACGGCAUUAUUAUUCACCAACAAGAAGUCAGAGGAGGAUCCCGGCUAUAGCGUCCGGCGCCAUGUGGUGAGAGGCUAUGAGAGUGACGGGACGCUGACGGGCAGAGGCAGCAAUAGAUACAAUGCGCCUCCCAAGGAGAGUGAUAAAGACGACAAAAAAACCGACGGAGACUCUGAAGGCAAAGACGCUGAGGAGAAGGACGGUGGUGCUACAGAGGAAGACAAAAACGCUGCUGAAGGGGACGAAGUUACUGACAAGGAAGACGAAAAAGACAAAAAAUCUGCCAAGGACAAAGAAAACACAAACGAAGACAAAAACGCCAAGGAAGACAAAGACGCCAAGGAAGACAAAAACGCCAAGGAAGAUAAAGACGCCAAGGAAGACAAAGGCGCCGAGGAAGACAUAAAAGCCGAGGACGACAUAGGCGCCAAGGAAGACAAAAACGCCGAGGAAGACAAAGACGCCGAAGAAGACAAAAGCUCUGCAGAGGACAAAAAAACUGCCAAGGAAGACAAAGGCUCGGCUGAGACAGAUAAAGACAUCUCCAGUAUAAAAAAAAGCCCCCCAAAAAGUGCCAAAAAAAAAUUCGUCAUAAGCGACAAUAAAAAAUGCCCAACAAAUAAGACGGGUGACAGCAGAGGAGGUCGCAAUUUAUUCGAUGACUCGUUUGACGUUAGCGCUGAUAGUACUGAGGGUAAGCUUCGUGUCUUGGAGGUGGUAAUUUCAAUAAUCUGCAAUCAUACUGAAGAAAGUGAGCCUCAAAUACAGGGAAACUGUGUGGAUAAAAAAACAUUCAAAGAGACUUUUGCUUCAUUCCAAUAUCUUGCACUUUUUGUACAACAAGCUCAGGCAGAAUAUACCAGUCUAUUUAUGAAGAUGUUUGCGCUUGACUGCUCAGACUUGGGAAACAUGAUCAAUGAAUCCAGCCUACAAACUUUUAGUCUUCAAUACAAGGGCAAGAGGCCUGUCACAGUCAUGUGCGACAUGGAGACUGAUGGCGGCGGCUGGACAAUAGUGCAGCGACGCAAUAGUAACGUGAAAAAUAUUGACUUUAACCGCGGGUGGUAUGAGUACAAGGUAGGCUUCGGCGACCCUGCCGGAGAGUAUUGGGUUGGACUGGAAAACCUGUAUGCCUGGACCAACAUGAGGCAGUACCAGCUGCGGAUAGAACUCAUGGAUUACGAUGGAAACUGCAAGUAUGCCGUAUACAAGCACUUUUACUUGGACGAUGAGACUCAAGGGUAUCGACUGCAUGUGACAGGUUAUGUUGGCAAUGCAGGGGACGCUCUGACAAGGAAAAACAUAAGGGACAACUUUACAGCAGAUGGCAUGAUGUUCUCUACCAAGGACAGAGACAACGACAUGUCAAAGGAUAUCAACUGCGCCCAACUCUGGAAGUCUGGAGGCUGGUGGUACAACCGUUGCGCAUGGGCCAACCUGAAUGGGCCAUCCUGGAUACAGGCAGACGGCACUGGCAUCGGUAUCAACUGGCAUGCCUGGCGCAACAAGGAGCACCUCAAAUCUGCCAUCAUGAUGAUCAGACCAGUGGAAGAAUAUUAAGAAUGAUUCUACAGAGUGCGUACUGUGACGCCUUCCAGUCUGAUCUGCCAAACAAGGGAUCAACAACACAUCAGCUUGUCCUUGCUACACUUCACAGACACACGGCACUGAGCUUCGCAAGAACUUGUUCCUGGGAAAAUUUAAAGUAUCGAAAACAUUGCCUUAUUUUGGGAUAGCUUUGUUAAAAAGAGGAUCAAUAAAAUAGUAAAGAUUAUUCAAUCUAUGGUAAUAAUUCAAGUUGUAUGAAUUUGAAAUUAAUUAAUCCAAUGCUGCCCAAAUCUUCAAUCAGCCCUGACUUCAGCGAUUUUGUUCAAGUUUAGCUCCGGGAAGCAGCAUGGACCAAGCAAGAGUCAGACAUCACGGCAGCCACUAUUAUAAAACACGCUUGCACCACUACAGCGCUGGGGUCGUUCAAGACACACACACACACACACACUCACACACACACACACACACACACACACAAACACACACACACAGUUACAUCGACUAUUGAUAAUCUUUGUUUGUCAACGUCAUUCUUGGUAAUAUAAUGUAAAGAAUAAAUAAUAGUAUUAAAUUUAUUUGCAAUUUUGCUAUAAAACUGUUAGCUAAAUGAAUAACUUAUGAUAGUUUAGCCCAAUGAAAAAUGAGUAAUGGAAAUAAGUAAGAGUAAAUUAGAUGAAUGCAAAUGUAAAUGAUAUCAAAAUAGACGAGGAUGAUAAGAGAGAAUGAAAAUAAAAGAUUAUUCCGAAGAUAUAUUUAUCAGUUGGAAACAAAGAGAGAGAGAGAGAGAGAGAGAGAGAGAGAGAGAGAGAGAGAGAGAGAGAGAGAGAGAGAGAGAGAGAGAGAGAGCAUAAAUUAUAUUAAGAUUCUUUGCUUUAUUGUUUGGGUUUGUUACGUGUGCACACCAUUAACUCCCCUCCCCUCCCCCCCACCGCUCUCUCUCUCUCUCUCUCUCUCUCUCUCUCCAGUGGGAAACUUUUGAAGCUUACAAAAGAUAAGAUGUACACGUGUUUACUUAUCAUAUCACGGGAAGGUGUAAAAUGUAAGGUACAGUUGAAAGCAAACGCUAUAGCUGCUCGUGGCCUCGGUGCUCCUCUCCUUUCCAUUGACUAGAGCAGUGGUUCUUAACCUGGGUUCGACCGAACCGCAGGGGUUCGGUGAGUCAGUAUCAGGGGUUCGGCGAAAGCUCUCCGGAACACUGUAAUUUUGCAAUUGAAUUUUAAGCCAGUUUUUCUUUCAUUUUUUGUAUUAAUUAAAAUGAAAUUUAUUUUUUUGUAUUAUCCAAAUAUGCUCGAAUUUUAAACCCAUUAUCUUCAUUUUUGUAUGAUUUUUUUUUCUUCAUACUCGAGGGGUUCGCCUACUGUGCGGAGGUUUUCGUUAGGGUUCGACGCCUCUGAAAAGGUUAAGAACCACUGGACUAGAACGACUACUCCGGGGCAAAGGUGACAUGCGGGUUACCACUGUUUAUCUUACCCAGGUUUACUCAGGUACCAUUUACUGACCAGUCCGAGAGUGGAUGAACAGCGCCGAUUCUCCGGGCUGGAAUUCGUACUCGCGCUCGUGGAUUCGUUGCCAGGCGUAUUAUUACCACUACAUCACGGAGGCACUUCCUCUGUAAGUGUUAACCAUGGUGGCAUGCACCUUCAUAUUCAGAGUGGACAGUUUUGUCACUUCCACAUCAGCAGUAAAGGGUUUGCGCCACACCACCUUCGCAGGGAAGAAGGAUUGUAGCCGACAUUGGUGGGCAUAGUGAACAAACUGACUAGAAAAAAUAAACAAAACUGUAGAAGCACUGAGGGCCUCGGUAGCGCAGCCCUCGGUGCAGGAAGCUAAUCACCUCUCUCUCUCUCUCUCUCUCUCUCUCUCUCUCUCUCUCUCUCUCUCUC